AUGGCCUCAGCCGUUCUCUCUCCACCCCCCCUCUCAUGUUCCUUUCUUCUCUUUUUUCUCUACGCAAAACAUCAGUUUUAUUUUAUUGAAAAUCUUGUGAUUUCCAUUAUGUCGUCCCCAGAAGUUGAAAAAUUUGAAGUGACUGAUUAUGAUUUGGAAAAUGAAUUUAAUCCAAAUCGAAGGCAACGUCGACAAACGAAAAACCAAGCCACCUAUGGCAUCUGGGCUGAUCCUGAGAGUGAUGAAGAGGAAAAACCUAUGUUUGGUAAAACAAAUACCAAAAAAGACUAUACACUCAAUUUUGUCAGUGGUGGAUUGAAACAGGCAGAAAAACCAGCUUCAAAAACUGAAGGAUCUGAUGUAGAUUCUGAAGAGGAAGAACCAGAAAUCCCAGUGAAGAAGAAGAAAGAACCAGUGGCAUUAUAUGGUCGUUUUGCGGGUCCUGAGAGAACACAACAAUCUCUGAAACAUUUCCCUGUAAAAGACUCUGAUGAAGAAGAUGAAAAGGAUUUCAGGGAAGAACUCCAGCAAUGGAAAAGAGAACCAUCUUCUGCAACUAACCGUAAGCCAAAAUAUAUAUACAAAACAGCCCAAGAAGUUAUUGAAUCUGGUGGAUCCAGAAAGAAGAAAUCCAUUCAACCCAGUGAAUUGUCCAAAGUGAAAGUUAUUGACAUGACAGGGAAAGAAAAACGAGUUCUCUCUGGAUACCACGCUAUUUCUCAACGACAUGAUAAACCAGAUGAAGAUGAAGAUGUUAUUGAAUCAACUCCAAAACAAAGAACAGCAUUUGAUGUUCCAGAAUUAAUUCACAACCUAAACAUUCUAGUUGAUAUGGCGGAAGUUGAAAUCAUCCAAAAUGAUCGAAAGCAUCGUCACAACAGUGAUCAGAUUAUAAACAUGAGACAUGAAAAGGAACGUUUAGAUGCUAUUUGCACACAAGAAGAGAAACAGUGCAAUCGACUUCAAGAAAUUUUAGACAUCGUAGAAAGCUGUGAAAAACGUACCAAACCAGAUUGUGAAGAUCCACUAACAUUGGUAGAAUGUGUAACUCUGUUCCAGAAACUCCAGAAUGAUUAUUAUGAAGAAUAUAAGAUGUAUGACAUGGGAGCAUUAGCCAUUGCUUUAGUGUUUCCUUUGGUGAAGAAAUUCUAUGAGGAAUGGGAACCAUUGCAAGAUUCAUCAAAAGGAAUAAAAGCAAUGAAAGAAUGGCGAGAAUUAUUAGAAGACAACAACCAUCAUUAUAUGUACAACAUCAACAACAUGGAUGUCUAUCAACGACUUAUUUGGGAUGUGUGGUUGCCUAUCAUUCGCAAAACAAUUUUGUGA